GGAAGUUAGUGUCUCAGGCUGCGGCGAGUAGCAACCUCGACUCCUCCUGGACAGUUUAAACUUUCUACUGGGGAGGAAUGGUCGCUCCUCUCGGCUCCUGCACUUUUCGGAUUUAAACUCGACAGUAUCUUAGUAUUUUUGCAUCUUCUGCUCCAUGCACAGUUUACAUUAGAGUUUCGAUCAUAGCUUUUUUUUGCACGAUAGUAUCCUCAGCAGAGCGACAUCGUUGACUUUACCAUUUGCCCAGAGAUGACCCGCUGAGCAGAUGUGAACGGCUCACAACUAGUAUAACUAAAACAGAUCGUUCAGAGGAAAGACGUUUUCUUGUUCGUUCAGUUACAUCAGUGAGGAACAAAGGGCAUGGAUCUGAGACAGGAGCUCCCCACAGUCUCCUCUGCCUCUCAAGUCCACUCGGCUGCAGCAGCAGCGAUAGCCUCCAUCCCGAUGUCCAUGACCGGGACCCUAAUGCGCGGCCCUCAGCUCAUCCUGCGCGCCACGGACAAGUACCCGCGCACCCCGAAGUGUGCCCGCUGCAGGAACCACGGAGUGGUGUCCGCGCUGAAGGGCCACAAGCGCUACUGCCGCUGGAAGGACUGUAUGUGCGCCAAGUGCACUCUGAUCGCCGAGAGGCAGCGGGUGAUGGCGGCACAAGUGGCGCUGCGGCGGCAGCAGGCGCAGGAGGAGAACGAGGCGCGAGAGCUGCAGCUGCUCUACGGCACGGCGGAGGGACUCGCACUGGCCGCCGCCAACGGCAUCAUCCCACCGCGUCCAAGCUACGAGGUGUUUACCUGUGUCAACAGCGACAUUAACUCAGAUUCAAGUAUCCAGAAGUACGAGCUGUUUCCAAAGAGCCAGCUGUCCGCAUCCGCCACUUCUCAGCAGAACGUGGGGAAACCGGCGUCCACCGAAAGUGACUCGGCCCCGGGCAUCUCUUCCCCGGACGGUCGACAUGGAGGCUCUGGUUCAGAGAACGGAGACAGCGAGUCUUUCAUAAGCUCACCGGUGUCCAAGCCUUUAAAAGACGGAGGGGAAACUCCUCGGUCCGUCAGCUCCCUCGGCUCUGAUUCUGGCUCUGAGACCGACAAGGAUGAGCAGGAUCCGUCCCCGUCCUCUGCGGCCUCCCGGCACAUGAACGCCAUCGACAUCCUGACCCGAGUGUUCCCGAGCCACAAGCGUAGCGUCCUGGAGCUCGUCCUGCAGGGCUGCGGUAAGGACGUGGUGCAGGCCAUUGAGCAGAUCCUCAACAACAGCGGCGCGCAGGGCUCCAACAAGGCCGGGGCAGGUGAGACAUGGACGGCCGAGGGGGUGCUCCAAAACGCGCACCAGCCUCCCCCGUCCUCCGCAUCCACGAUCGCCCCGACGAGGCCCAUGUUGCCCGGAGCCAUGACGCUCAGCAACCGCUCUGCGUUCUCUCCCCUCCAGCCAAACUCCCCGCACUUCGCCGACCCCAGCACCUAUCCUCUGGGCACCCACCUGGGACUGAACCCGCUGCGGCUGGCCUACUCUGCGCACAGCCGGGGACUGGCCUUCAUGACGCCUUACUCCACCACCGGGUUGAUGCCCACCCUGGGCUUCAGACCCCCGAUGGAAUAUGCCUUUAGCGACCUGAUAAGGGACAGGACAAUGUUACACAAGGAGCAAGGCUAUUCCAGCGGCAUGUACGGGCCUUUGGUCAACAACACGCCGGAAAAACCGUGAGGCUGCUGGACUGACCAAACGGACACAUUGCAUUGUAUUUGUAGCCACAAGUGUUGAAUGUUUUGGCGACAAUCUGUGAUGUGUUUUGGCUGCAGGCUACUGUAAAUAAUAGGAUUGUCUGGCUUGUAGUUAAAAGUUCCGAGAGGUAAAAAAAAAUAAAAAAAUAAACUCACUUAUGUGUAAUUUUCAAAAAAUAAUUUUAUAUGUUUGUCUAAGAAAGAUUGGAUGACAUUCAUGAACCCGAUCAAUAAAAUAACCGGAAGCUGAAAAGAUAUUUAUAGAUUCCAAAAUACAUCCACAAUAAAGGAAAGUUUAAAAAAGUAAACCCAGUUGCACAAAAGGCUAGAAUAUAUAGCUACACAUGCUGUUAUUACUGAUUUUUAUCUCAAUUCUGCAGCAGGAUAUAAAAUAAAAUGAAGACACAAUGACAUGAUUUAUCCGUUUUUUUUUCAUUUCUUUCAGCUGGUUGGUGAAACUUAAGUGCACAUGAGAUUCUAAAUAAAACUUCAAAUAAGCAUUUCUCUCACACACGUAUGAAAUAAUAAAUAAAGCAAAAUUAAGUUAAAUAUAACAUGUAGAUUAUACAGAUAUUAACCCCAUUUCCUGAUGUACAAGUUGAACUAAUGAUGUGUAAAUGCCAUCCCUUUUUAUUCUUAUGUAUUAUUUCACUUAUCUCACAUGUUUCUUUAGCUCAUUUCCAACUGCCUGUAUUAUAUAUCGCAUUUGGUAAUAUGGAACGCUCUGCUACGUUUUGACUUUUCAUUUAUCCUUUAGUCGGCUCUAAUAUUUUGUGACAAAGUGCUGGAUCAAGUCAGUUCAUCUUCAAAUGUUACAAGCUGUGCUGUCACAUUGUAUGAAUAUGCUGGAAAUAAAU